UAGAACCGAGGCUGCGCAGACUCAGAAGGCGCUCUUGAAGCCUAGUGCCGCGGGAUGGCGGGCACGGGCUUGGUAGCCGGAGAGGUGGUGGUAGAUGCGCUACCAUAUUUUGACCAAGGCUAUGAGGCGCCAGGCGUGCGGGAAGCGGCGGCGGCCCUGGUGGAGGAGGAGACGCGCAGAUACCGACCUACCAAGAACUACCUGAGCUACCUAACGGCUCCGGAUUAUUCUGCCUUUGAAACAGACAUAAUGAGAAAUGAAUUUGAAAGGCUUGCUGCUCGACAACCGAUUGAAUUACUCAGCAUGAAACGAUAUGAACUUCCAGCCCCUUCCUCAGGUCAAAAAAAUGACAUUACUGCUUGGCAAGAAUGUGUAAACAAUUCUAUGGCUCAGUUGGAGCACCAGGCGGUCCGGAUCGAGAAUCUGGAGCUGAUGUCACAGCAUGGAUGCAAUGCCUGGAAGGUGUACAACGAAAAUCUCGUUCAUAUGAUUGAACAUGCACAGAAAGAGCUUCAGAAGUUAAGGAAACACAUUCAAGAUUUGAACUGGCAGCGAAAGAACAUGCAGCUUACAGCUGGAUCUAAGCUGAGGGAAAUGGAGUCAAACUGGGUGUCGCUGGUGAGUAAGAACUAUGAGAUUGAGCGGACGAUUGUCCAGCUGGAGAACGAGAUCUAUCAGAUCAAGCAGCAGCACGGGGAGGCCAACAAGGAAAACAUCCGCCAAGACUUCUAAUGACUCAGGCAGCAACAUGGGCUCCGCAGACUCAGCGGGGACUCAGCGACUGUGGUGGUUACGUGGUUAGAGACCAUGGACUAUGUAAAUUGUUGUAUUGCUUCUAUGUGAGUGUCUUAGCAAAAUAAAGUUGUCAACAUGUUGCUAUUUUUAUGCUAUAAAAACCUGAUUUUCAGAAUGAGUAUGACUUUAGAAUAAUUUUGACAUUUUGUAGCAGAUUUUUUUUUUAAGGCUUCAGAUUUUGUAAUGAAGCUCCUUUAUUUUUGAGGCAUCCAACAUGGUCAGGAAGCUGGGAGCCUUGAAUUUGUGGUUUUGUUGAAUAAAGUUACAGUUCUAAGCAUU